CGACGACGAUGCUGACGAUGACGACGACGAACAGUUGCCUGCAGCUCGAGGGACCAAGCGAUCAUUCGAUGACAUGUCAUAUGAAGAUACCGUGGUGCCGAAGGUCAAGAAAAACACUGACGGUUCGCGUCGACGCGUGAAAGCCAGCGACUUUGACGAAAUCUCGAAAGAGAUUCUCAUAACUGCUUGCUCCGUUUAUCGGUGUCUCAUCGUCACACAGGCACCUUUUCCGGAUUCCGUUGCAGCUGAGACAAAACUGGCGAAAGAGGCCUGGCGCGAGGCAUGUCAACUCAAAGGUGUUGACGUCAAACUGACCCCUUCGGCGGUGAAUAUGCUGUUGAAACGCGCUUCACACGUGCGAGGCGAACUCAAGACGAAGAUGCGUCCGCUCACGGCUUCAUUUCACGGCUUCCGCUCAAGUAAUUCUAUGGAGGUGAUAAGGUCAAACCAAGAUCUCGCAGAGAGAUUGAAAAUUGGCUCGAUCUUUGUUUUCAAGGACCCGUCAUCCAAGUCAGGCAUCUACAAGACCGAGUUGCUUCAACAGGGUAUCAACAGCAUGUGGUUCUUGAACCGAAGUGACGAGGGUGUCAUCUACCACAAAUACUUCAACCCCAUCCCUAUCAAAACUAUUGCGCUCAUGCUUACGGCUAUAGAAUGUUGUGUUGAUGAGUGGUCGCAAGGCAUCAAAGAGGACAUCAAGUUCACAUCUGCUGGUUAUGGGGCCGUCUACAACCAUCAUUUCAGCUCACUGCAACGCUUUGAUGAGCGCACUGCACCUUACAAACUCCUUUCAAAAAUUUGUAUCAAUCUGCAUGAUACAGCGCGCUUCCACGCAGGUGUCGCAUCACUCAUUCCAUUGUCAGCUACAUCCCAGGCCCACAUCGACGACGCGGCGUUUGAAGACGCUAUUCGAGAGUACCAGCGUGAGGGGAAGGAUGCGGCAGUCGAGGAUGAGGUCGAGGAGUAUGAGUAUCCUAGUAGCGAGGGUGGGGAUGAUGAAUAGGGACGCAGUGAGUAAGACGUUCGUAUUAUGCUAGUUUGUGUUUCAGGUGGUUGAAUUUAAUUGUGACUACGAGGUUCUUUGGUGUGCUAUAUAGCUGCUGGUAGUAAUUUAUAGCUGCGUGCAGUAGCACUCCGACAAACUACGGUAGUACCUUGUAGCUACUGGUAGUUACUAUGGGACUCUAUGGUGUCUACAUAGAGGGCACUUGACAACGGGGCUACUCGCGCUACCCUGACUAUAUAGCACUAUGUAGUCACUAUGUUUUUUCCUGAUG